AUGGCACCGUUUACCCAUUUGAAAGGGGUUGCUCCAUUUGCUCAGGGGCUCCCGAUUCAGGGCAAUAAAAAGGCAACUGCUAUUUCCACUGAGUUGCCGUCUAUUCAUUCUAAAAAUAUUGCUGACCUUUUGGGGGAUCUGGAAAGCCCCCUUACUAGCAUUGCGAGCCUCUUGCCUGACAUCAGCAUGAGAAGCUCGGGCCCUGUCUCUGUAGAUGAGAAGAGAUUAUCCUCAUGGCCCAUGAAGGAGGAGUCCCUUGCCUCUGAGGAUUUCGACCUUUCUGGUCAUUAUGGCAGUCAUGUUACUGCAAAUGAGCCGACUUCCACGAGUUUUGCAACCACGUUUGAUGUAGAUCUUCUUGAUUUGCAAGAAGAUUCAGUUGUUCUCCAUCCUAGCGAUAUUGAGGGAUGGGAGACAGUAGGAAAGACAAAGGGUAGAUGUACCCCUUCCCCAGACCCCAGUUCGAAGCCCACUGGGUUUAGCGCUAGCUCAAAGAAUAGAUUUGAUGUUCUUUCAGAUUCCGAUUCGGAUGAGAAAAAGGUUGCUAUUGACAAUACAGUUAAGUUUGUUCACGAUGUGCAUCAGAAACACUUCGAGAAGCAACUCCUCAAUAUUUGGAAAUGA